AUGGCAGAACCAGAAACAACAAAAAGGUAUGCAGUUGUUACAGGAGCAAACAAAGGAAUAGGAUUUGCAGUAUGCAAACAAUUGGCUUCUAAAGGGGUCACUGUUGUGCUUACAGCAAGAGAUGAAAAUAGAGGUCUUGAAGCUGUUGACAAAUUGAAGCAACUUUAUCUACCUGACCUUGUGAUUUUUCAUCAACUUGAUGUCACAGAUCCUGCAAGUAUAACAUCAUUUGCAGAUUUUAUCCAGAGUCAAUUUGGAAAACUUGAUAUCUUGGUAAACAAUGCUGGAAUUCCUGGAGUUAACGUGGACGGUGAGGCCCUGGUUGCUGCUAAAGCUUUGCAGGAAAAUGGUGACCAGAUUGAUUGGAGUAAAAUAAUAACUGAGAGCUAUGAACAAACUGAAGCAGGUUUUAAAACAAACUACUAUGGAGCUAAGGAAUUAACCAAAGCGCUUAUUCCCCUUCUACAGCUUUCAACUUCACCAAGAAUUGUCAAUGUUUCCUCAUCCAUGGGAAAGUUAGAGAAAAUUCCGAAUGGAUGGCCUAAGGAAGUACUAAGUGAUGUUGGAAACCUUACUGAAGAAAAGAUUGAUGAAGUUAUGAACAAAUUUCUAAAGGAUUUUAAAGAGGGUUCAAUAGUAGAAAAUAAAGAUAUAAACUACAAUACAGGUUAUUUGACACCUGAUGAAGGUGCUGAAUCGAUUGUGAGGUUGGCAUUGUUCCCUGAUGGGAGUCCUUCUGGCUGCUUUUUUGUUAGAAAUGAAGAGAAACCAUUUUGA